AUAUAACAUUUAGCCCGGGACGCACUUAAAAGGUUAACGCAGCAAUGUGUUUGUUCUUGCCUACACGUAUUACGCGCGACCAGCACCAAAACGGACAGAUCUUCACGCCGGCCAUACGUAAUCCAUGCAGUCUAGAAGCCCUUUGCUGCAUUCCGCACACAUCUUUUAAGUGGAAAUAAAACCAGCCUUUAAAACCCCUGACGGGCGGACUUCUGAAGCGUGGAUCACUGGAAAGUUAUUGGAUCAGAAAUAUCCCAAAAGUCUUCCGUCCUCUCAGCAGGUCUGAGGCGCGGACGUUUAUCUGAGACUCUGUCGUCAGAAGAACUGCUCGGACAGAAGCAGUGAUUCUAUGGUUCAGUCAGGUUGAACCUCCGGUUGAAACGUUUCCUCCGGUUUGGGACUGAGUGUUUUGGUGGGGGGGUCAGAAGAAGAAAGGAGUGCUGAACCGCACGGGCACGCGGGGACUGCUUCACCCGCACAUGACACCACGCUCGACCGAGUCCCCUCACGCAGAGGCGCGCGCUUCAAAUGCACUUAUUGGCUUUCUGAAGUGCGCGCACAGCGGAGCGACGGAAACCCGGAGCGCGGAGCAGACCGGGGCCACGGGGACGCGGAGGAUUGUGGGGCGGCGCGGGCGUUUUCUGAUUCCAGAAUUCAAGGGUGAAGAAAGACGAUCUGCAGACGGCAAGCACGCCCGCCACAUCCCGCGCACUCCCGCACCAGCACUGCUGGCGCCACGUUAGAAGCGGUGCGGCAGUGCGGCGGGAGGAGCUCGGACGCGGCGUGGAGCGUCGUCUCUGGAUGUCUCACCCUCCUCUGUCUCCUCUGUGUCUCGGUGACAGAGCUUCCAGCUGACUGACAUGGACGCCCCGCCUGCGGCUCCAUCCUCAUCCUCCUCUUCCUCCGCGGAGUUCAGCGGCUCCUUCUUCCUGACGCAGUGAGCUGAACGCGCGGCUUCUUCCUCUGGUCUGUGGACAAACGCUUCUGCGCGCCCCGCUGAGCACCAUGCCGUGAUCGUCCUCUGCGGGAGCGGGAGCACACAUCAACAGUUUGCGGGAAUACUGUGGGAUUGAGGCGCGUGCAGUCCACGCGGGCUCCGUGAUCAUGACCUCGCCGUUAACCCGGGAAGCGGGACGCAGGAGCGCCGGCGGGCUGCUGGCGCUGCUCGUCCUCUGCAUGGGCUCUGCUGAUGGGAUGCCGCACGUCCUGAGGUUCGGAGGGAUAUUCGAGUCCAUUGAAAGCGGGCCAUCAGGAGCUGAGGAGCUCGCCUUUAAAUUUGCUUUAAACACAAUCAACAGGAACAGAACUCUGCUGCCAAACACCACACUCACCUAUGACAUCCAAAGAAUAAACAUCUAUGACAGCUUUGAGGCCUCCAGGAAAGCUUGUGACCAGCUUUCUCUGGGGGUGGCAGCCAUCUUUGGUCCCUCACAUAGCUCCUCUGCCAAUGCAGUGCAGUCCAUCUGCAAUGCUCUGGGAGUCCCACACAUCCAGACCAAGUGGAAACACCAAGUCUCAGACAACAGAGAUGUUUUCUAUGUAAGCCUCUAUCCAGACUUCUCCUCCCUCAGCCGGGCUAUUCUGGACCUCGUGCACUUCUUUAAGUGGAAGACAGUGACAGUGGUUUAUGACGACAGCACUGGACUGAUUCGGCUGCAGGAACUUAUAAAAGCUCCGUCCCGGUACAAUAUCCGCCUGAAGAUCCGACAGUUGCCUGCAGACUACAAGGAUGCCAAACCACUUUUGAAGGAGAUGAAACGAGGAAAAGAGUUUCAUAUCAUCUUUGACUGUGGUCAUGAAAUGGCAGCUGGGAUCCUCAAGCAGGCUCUCUCCAUGGGGAUGAUGACAGAAUAUUACCACUUUAUCUUCACCACACUGGAUCUGUUUGCGUUAGAUGUGGAGCCUUACCGAUACAGUGGAGUGAACAUGACGGGCUUUAGGAUCCUGAACACUGAAAACAGUCAAGUGGCUUCCAUCAUUGAGAAAUGGUCCAUGGAGAGACUGCAGGCUCCUCCCAAACCUGACUCUGGUCUACUGGACGGGUUCAUGACCACGGACGCUGCGCUCAUGUACGAUGCCGUGCACGUGGUGGCCGUGGCUGUGCAGCAGUCUCCGCAGAUCACCGUCAGCUCAUUACAGUGCAACCGGCACAAGCCGUGGCGGUUUGGGAACCGCUUCAUGGCCCUCAUCAAGGAGGCUCACUGGGAUGGUCUAACAGGCAGAAUCUCUUUCAACAAAUCCAAUGGGCUGAGAACUGACUUUGAUCUGGAUGUCAUCAGUCUUAAAGAGGAGGGACUGGAGAAGAUUGGUAUAUGGGACCCAUCAAGUGGCCUGAACAUGACAGACAACCAGAGGGGGAAAACAAUCAACGUAUCCGACUCUCUUUCCAAUCGGUCCCUGAUUGUCUCCACUAUACUGGAGGAGCCAUACGUGAUGUUCAAGAAGUCUGACACACCUCUUUCUGGCAACGAGCGCUUUGAAGGCUUCUGUAUAGACCUGCUGAGAGAGCUGGCCAGCAUUCUUGGCUUCACUUACGAGCUUCGUCUGGUGGAAGAUGGAAAAUAUGGAGUGCAGGACGAGAAUUCCGGCCAGUGGAACGGCAUGGUCAGGGAGCUGAUGGACCACAGAGCUGAUCUGGCAGUGGCUCCCCUUGCCAUCACAUACGUGCGUGAGAAGGUUAUAGACUUCUCUAAGCCCUUCAUGACGCUGGGGAUAAGUAUCCUGUACCGCAAGCCAAAUGGGACCAACCCCGGGGUCUUCUCCUUCCUCAGCCCUCUUUCGCCUGAUAUCUGGAUGUAUAUUCUGCUGGCUUACUUGGGUGUCAGUUGUGUGCUGUUUGUCAUAGCCAGGUUCAGUCCCUACGAGUGGUAUAACCCCCACCCCUGCAACCCUGACUCGGAUGUAGUGGAGAACAAUUUCACCCUACUCAAUAGUUUCUGGUUCGGAGUUGGAGCUCUCAUGCAGCAAGGAUCUGAGCUCAUGCCAAAAGCCCUUUCCACCAGAAUUAUAGGAGGAAUCUGGUGGUUUUUCACACUUAUUAUCAUCUCAUCCUACACGGCAAACCUGGCAGCCUUCCUUACUGUGGAGAGAAUGGAGUCACCCAUUGACUCAGCCGAUGAUCUGGCCAAACAGACAAAAGUCGAGUACGGAGUAGUUGAAGAUGGCUCCACCAUGUCCUUCUUUAAGAAAACGAAAAUCUCUACAUAUGAUAAGAUGUGGGAGUUUAUGAGCAGCCGGAGGCACUCUGUGAUGGUCAGGAGCAUUGAGGACGGCAUUCACCGUGUGCUUACAUCUGACUACGCUUUCCUCACCGAGUCUACAACCAUUGAGUUUGUAACACAACGCAACUGCAACCUCACACAGAUAGGAGGCCUCAUUGACUCCAAAGCUUAUGGAGUUGGGACACCAAUGGGUUCUCCCUUCAGAGAUAAGAUCACUAUCGCCAUCCUGCAGCUCCAGGAAGAAGGGAAGCUACAUAUGAUGAAAGAAAAAUGGUGGAGAGGCAACGGCUGUCCGGAGGAGGAGAGUAAGGAGGCCAAUGCCCUUGGGGUGCAGAAUAUCGGCGGGAUCUUCAUUGUCUUGGCGGCUGGGCUGGUCCUCUCUAUAUGUGUUGCUGUAGGAGAAUUCCUCUAUAAAUCCAAACAAAGUGCACAGCUUGAAAAGGCCCAAUGGCGCCAGCGAGAUAAGAAACGUGAGGAAUUCUGCUGUCACCAUGGAGCCAAGCUAGACUUUAACCAUCAUCUCAAAUGACCUCAAGAAAAACUUCAGACACCUUUCAUUACCCAUAUUAUCCUCUCCUCUAUUUUGCUUUUUUUAUUUUGACCCACUAUUUUACUUUUUUCUAUUUUGACAUAAAUUCAUGGCCAGAAUGUUUGAGAAUGACACAAAUAUUACAUUUCCACAAGGUCUGUUCCUUCAGGAUUUUUAGGUGUUUGUCAGAUGUUUCAAUUGUAUAAUGAUAUACAGUUAGAAGCACUUCACAAGUAUCAAAAGCUUUGAUUGGAAUUAUGUUAGCUAGUCCUUUUGUGGCAGGGCUGAAAUGCAGUGGAAAUUUGGUUUCAGUGAUAAAGUUCAUUUUCAAGGCAAAUAGGGACUAUGAAAAUAAUUGCAGUUGAGUGGAUCACUUCUCAAAACAUUCUGGAGUAUACAUUUCCAUGAAACAGCAGACUUUGGACAAAUUAAUAGUUGUGUCAUUCUAAAAACUUCUGGCCAUGACUGUACAACAUCUGACUUGAAGCUGUUGUUAAUAAAUUGUUUUAAAAGGGUUGGAGCUACUAUACUUUAGGAUCACAUGAACACACAUGGCAGAGGCCUGCUGCACUGCAUGACCCAUACCAUACAGCACCCGCUCUGCUUUUCUUUGUUUCUAUCCUGCAAACAUCCAUACUUCUUCUCCUCUAACUACCGCAAAAGUUAAUUUCUUCAUCUCCAAGACUUUCACUCCUUCGGUUCAGCAACUGAACUCCACAGACCUGCUGCUCCACAAGAGAGUUAGGCAAACAAAUGACCAGCAGCACUGGAACGUGUGGCCCAGUUGAAAAUCUGAACAAGAGCAGCCAUUUAUCUGUUACAAACUCACAGGAAACAACAUUGUUCAGCUCCAAUCAUGCAGGAAUCCACAGAUGUAAAAUCUUUCUUUUUCUAAAUUCUUGUUUAUCCUAAAGAUCUUGACUGUUUUUAUGUAUGCACAAUGUAUAUGUACAUUUUGUAGCUAAAAAAAAAAACGUGUUGUCAUAUUAAACAUUUUAUUCUAAUAAAAGAAAGAUACUAAUGACCCCAGAAACCUAAGAAAACAGUCUACCAGGACCAAAAGCAGCUUAUCAGUCUUCCAGAGUAAGGCUUUCAAAAGUGGUCACAGUUUCUCUCAAACCCAUUUAACCAUCUUUUUAGGUCGAUGUGGCAGUUUUUCUGUGGGAUAAAUAAGGAAAUGGAAAAUCAAACAGAAUAUUUUGAAAAAUCAUGAUUAUAUUUAAAAUGUAUUUUUAUCACAUUUACUUGAUAUUCUGAAAAAAACAAGAAGUAAACCUGCCUUUAUUUUUUACCUUUGUAAAUGCAGACUAAAGUGAGGCAAACAUUUACUAGUGGCUUCAAUGUGUCCAUUCUGCACAAUAGCAACGUGGACAAUUGAAGACUGCACAACAUAUGAACACAAAACCACUGAUGAUUUCUCUAGCAGCAACUAUUGACCAAACAUUUUUUUCAAGUAUCAUUCAGAGAAUAUUUCGAAGACUUCUUAAAAAUAUUUUUUUGUGUUGCUGCCAAAGUGUGUGCCCCUUUGAAAGCCUUAUGUUUUCUUUGGCUCAAGAGUUCAAGCUAAUCAUUCAUUCUCAUUUUGGUGAGUAUCAGCUGGUCCAUGACUAACCAAAGGGUUCCGACAAACAUAUAAAAAAAACAAUUCAUACCUUCAUUCAUGGGUAAAUGAAGUCCAACGGUUAAGAAACACACUUCAAAUACUUGUGGAUGAAAACUCACCAGAGCUCAUGCAGCAGUCAACUGCUGACAGUGUUCUAUUGAAACUAAAAGUCAAUCACAGCAUCUGCCUUCACAUCUCCCUCAAAAGAGCAUUAAGCAUGCUACAGAAAGAAUGAGGAGAAAUCUGAGUUUUUCACUCAAAUCUCUCCAUCUAAGAGCUUGCUAAAAGUGAUGUAAGUGAACAGCAGCAGUAUUUUAUUAACCAUAAGAGAACUUCACAUGAGAGUCGCCUCUGGAAGGGUCUGGAACCUGAGGCUCCAGAGCCACAUGGGGCUCUUUGACCCCAUUCUUUAAGAUAGAAAAAAGGUAUUGAUUUUGAAAACUAACUGUAAUGUAAAAGUGAAGCAAGUAGUAAAGUAUUAUGAGUAAAGUAAACUAACUCAAACUUCAUUCAUCUCAUUUACAAACAGCUGAAGGACAAACCACAUCAUUCCACCAGGCAGGAGAAACCAGGAUAGCUGGAGUAUUCCAACAUUCCAUCCAUCCUUGCACCCCUCCAAAGUCACACUCAAACUCUUUUUUUUAGCACAGUAUCUCACAGAAAACCAAUCUGAGGUCAGUAAGCGCAUCCAGAAUUCAUAUAGGCGUGUCAGAUUACAAGGAGGAGUUUCUGUUUUUUGAAUAAAUUCAAGGUUUUUAAGUUUGCCUCCCUGGUUUGAAAGAGUCAGUAAGGGGGGGGGGGGUCACUGAUUUCAUUUUGAUUCAUCAUGUUUAUGAAUUUCUGUCUUAGAUGCACCAAAAAUGGUAAAAUAAAUAUUUGUUUUCACUAUCGACAUUACACUACAUCAUUACUACAUUUGUUGCCGUGAGAGGAUCCUAUGUAGCACAUGGUGUCUUAUUUUGAAAGAAAGUCAUGUUAACCUCUGUUAAAACUUAUAAACCAUAUUUCCUGGGCUGCACUGUGGUGUAGUGGUUAGCACUUUCGCCUCACAAUGAGAAGGCCUCAUUUUAAACCCUUGUUGGAACCUUUCUGUCUUGAGUUUGCAUGUUCCCCCUGCGCAUGCAUGGGUUAUCUCCGGGCACUCCGGCUUCUUCCCAUGGUCGUCCAAUAACAUGAUUCAUGUGGGUACGUGAUUCAGCAGGCUUGUGACCUGUCCUGAGUGGACCCUAGGGGAGGGCAAUAUGACAAUAUACAGUGGUGGACAAAAGUGUUGGUA